AACCGGCUUUAUUUGAGCUGAAAGAAAGAAUCUCUCUCUCCUCAGUUCUCGCUCAUGCUCUCUCGCCCUGAGAGCUCACAGACCAAACUUGGAGAGGACGAAGCGCCUGCAGCUGCAGCCGAGAAGAAGAAGCUAAAGAGGAAAGAAGACAUUUCAGAACUAAUCUCAUGGACUCAGUGAUGCUGUGAGUUCUGUCUGUGAGCUUAUCAAGGAGGACUGGAGUCAUUGUGGGACUGAACAGCUGUGACACCUGAGAGCAGGUAAAAAAAUGCGAUCCAGGAACUGCACCAUGGAGGGUCCAGAUGACGGACACAUCCAGCCCACUACAGGUUUCAUCAAGCAGGAAGAAGAAAACACACCAGAGCUCACAAAGAGGAAGAUAAAAGUCCAGCGAGAGGAAAAGGAUGGGAAGACGACGGUGUCUGGAUCAGCUAAGAGACCUCAGAAACCUGCAGGGAGCAGGAAGGCAGCGCUGCCAGAUCUGUCAAAGAAGGACCUGUUUCACCUGCUGGGAGUCAUGGAAGGAGAAGUUCAGGCCAGAGAGGACAUCAUCAGCCUGCUGAAGUCGGACAAAACCAGACCGGAGACUCUGGAGGGUCACUACGGCUCCUCUGUCCCCAUCAAACCCCUGCAGGCCCUGCAGAGAGACGGGCUGCUGACCCUCAGCAACAACAGCACUGAAGACGUGUACGAGAAACCGAUGGCCGAGUUGGACCGUCUGGAGGACAAACAGAAGGAGACGUACAGACGGAUGUUAGAGCAGCUGCUGCUGGCCGAGAAAUGUCACCGCCGGACCGUCAUGGAGCUGGACAACGAGAAACGCAAACACACCGACUUCAUGAACAAGAGCGACGACUUCACCAACCUGCUGGAGCAGGAGAGGGAGAGACUCAAAAGGCUGUUGGAGCAGGAAAAGGCCUACCAGGCUCGUAAGGAUAAGGACCACAGCAGAAGGCUGGAGAAGGUCAGAGCGGAGCUGGUUAAGCUCAAGUCUUUUGCCCUGAUGUUGGUAGAUGAGCGACAGCUGCAUAUUGAGCAGAUUGACCAACAAAGCCAGAAGGUCCAGGACCUGACUCAGAAGCUGCAGGAGAAAGAGCAGCGUUUGGUGGCGGUCACAGACGCCGCCAAGCAGGACGGCCAGACGGUCCUCAAGCUGGAGGCUAAACUGGAGCAUAGCAUUGCAAAGUUUGCACAGGAACACGAGGAGAUGACCGCCAAAGUGGCCAACGAAGAGUCCCAGAGCCGACAGCUUAGGCUAAAGCUGGCCGGAUUAGCACACAAGAUCGAAGAGCUGGAGGAGAGCAACAAGUUGCUGCAUAAAUCAGAGGAGGACCUGCAGGAGCUGAGGGAGAAGAUCAGCAAAGGGGAGUGUGGGGAUUCGUCUCUCAUGACCGAGCUGGAGAACCUGCGGAAGAGAGUGCUGGAGAUGGAGGGCAAGGAUGAGGAGAUUACCAAAACAGAGACUCAGUGCAGGGAGCUAAGGAAAAAGCUGCAGGAUGAGGAGAACCACAGCAAGGAGCUGAGGUUGGAGGUGGACAAACUACAGAAGAGAAUGGUUGAACUAGAGAAACUAGAGGGGGCUUUCAGUAGGAGCAAAACAGAGUGCUCUCAGCUUCAUACAAACCUGGAAAAAGAGAAACGUGUUGUGAAGGAUCUUGCCGGUGAGCUGGAGACAGUGAAGACCCAGAUGAAAGACCUAGAGAGCUCAGAGUCAAAGUUUGAAAAGGCAGAAAUGGUCCUGAAAGACGAUCUUAUGAAGCUGAAAUCCUUUACCGUUAUACUGGUAGAUGAACGGAAAAACAUGGCAGAGAGACUUAAACAGGAAGAACAGAAAAGUGAUGAUUUAAGCAAGAUGUUCAAAGCAGAGCAGGGGAAAGUUACAGAGGUCACUGAGAAGCUAAUUGAGGAGAGCAAAAAACUUCUCAAAUUCAAAUCAGAAAUGGAGGUCAAAGUGACAACCCUCCUUCAAGAGAAAGAUGAGUUAAAAACUAAACUUGCAAGUGAAGAGAGAAAGUGUAGGGAUCUGAAUACCAAGAUGAGUAGCAUGAAAAUAAGAAUGGAUGGACUGGAGGACAGAGAGAAGGAAAUGCAGAGGAAGUGGGCCAACAGGGAUAAUGACAGAAAUCCAGAUGAAGACAACAAAGUGAAAGAGCUCACGCUAGAAAUUGAAAGACUUAAGAACAGGCUCAAACAACUUGAGGUGGUAGAAGGAGAUUUAAUGAAAACAGAGGAUGAGUACGAUCUACUGGAGCAGAAAUUCAGAACAGAGCAGGACAAAGCAAAUGCCCUUUCCAAGAUGCUGGAAGAAAUGAAAAGUCAGAUCGCGAGAAACAAAGCCAUAGAGAAAGGCGAGGUCAUGAGUCCAGAAGCUGAGCUUAGAAUUCGCUGCAAAAUGGAGGAGGCGAAAACCCGAGAACUGCAGGUGGAUGUCCAGGCCCUGAAGGAGAAAAUCCAUGAACUGAUGAACAAGGAGGACCAGCUCUCCCAGCUGCAGGUGGAUUAUUCUGUCCUCCAACAGAGGUUCAUGGAAGAGGAAGAGAAGAAGAAGAGCAUGAGCCAUGAAGUCACCAAUCUUACCAAGGAGCUGGAAGCCACCAAGCGCUACAGUCGCACCUUGAGGCCCAGUAUGAAUGGUAGGAGGAUGGUCAGUGUCCCAGUUACCUCCACAGCAGUGCAGACAGAUGUGAUCGCCAGUGAGCCUGCUGAGGAUGAGACGACGGCAGGCUUCAUCCGGAAAUCAGUCCUUGAGGAAAACCACUUAAUGAGCAACCUCAGACAACGGGGUCUUAAAAAACCAACAGUUCUUGAGCGAUACCCUCCAGCAUCAGCAGACCUCGGGGUAGGAAAGUCCAGUAUACCCUGGAUGAAAAAGAAGGGGGCCAUCACACUAACUCAGACCACUCCUGAGAAGACUAAUGGGGCAUCCUUGCUCCAUCCGCCUGAGAUGACCAUGUCCCAAAAGCCAGGACAGCCUCUGCGCAUCCGAGUAACCCCAGACCAUGAGAACAGCACUGCAACCUUGGAGAUCACCAGUCCUCGAGCGGAGGAUUUCUUCUCCAGCACCACCAUCAUCCCAACUCUUGGGCUUCAGAAACCUCGCAUCACAAUUGUCCCUAAGCCCACAACCGUGACCUCAAAGAGCAAAGCCUGUGAACUGAUAGGAGGUCUUGAUCGAGCCAAAUCUCCUGUCACAAUAACCACCAUCUCCAGGGCCAAGAGUCCAGACAAGUCCAACGGCUGCAGCUCUGACAGCCUUCAGUCGCCGGUGUCCAUCAUCACAGUCAGCGCCACUCCUGUGGCUGAAGCAUGUGCUUCACCCGAACCUCACAACAUUACAGCAGGCCGCACUGUGAUCAAGAUGACCCCCGAGAAGCCACCCGGUCCGGCACCUUACAGGACAUACAAUGGCAAAAGCAACAUCAUCACAACUGAGGACAACAAGAUCCACAUCCACUUGGGUCCACAGUUAAAGAGGCCCUCUGAGGGCUGCAGCAGUCCGGUGUUGACGCUCGGUCUGUGCUCAGAAAGCAGCAAGGAAAUGCCAACAGGAACGGUGCUCCGCUCCCCACGGCAACCUUCAACGGGGAAGACGACUCCGAACAAAAUGACGAGCAGCAUAACAAUCACACCCAUCACCUCGGCAUCCUGCAGGCCUACGCAGUCAGUGCCCAGUUCGGAUGUGCAGUCAGCUCGGAGUGCAGCCACACGGAUCCCUGUAUCAAAAGGUAUGAAACCGAGCAGCAAGGCGGUUCUGGGCGUGUCGACGGUGACGAGAUUAGAGUCGCGGGCCGAGAGCCAGUCGAUGAAAAUUGAGCUGAAGAAGUCGACAGUUUGUGGCUCGGCAGCAGGAGGCAAGAGUUGAGGGCUGAAUAAGCUGCUGUGGUGAAGACUCAAAGUUCGUCGACGAAUCUGCUGCCAAAUAUUAGUUACACAUCAGCAUACAGGCACAAAUGAUGUGACCCCUCUAAAACAGCUUAGCUUCCCAAACAUUGUUUUAUUGAAUUCAGACCUUCAGUUUGCAUUUCUGUAAGUUUUCAGGAAAGAUUUUAUGUCAUUUCAAGGGCAGGUUUUUAAAGUUUUAUGUUUUUUCUUAAUUUCCACCUGUUUGUUUUUCAUGAAGCAUCUCUAAUGCAUUUGAGUGCAUUUUGAUUAACUUCAUCUUGGUGAUAUUUGGCAGUGGCUCUAGGCUACAUUUUUCAUAGCAUGUGUUUAUUUCACCACCGCUUUUGGAGGUUUCCAGUCACUGAAGCACUGUGAAUAGUUUGUGACAGUAUGAGUUGUCAUCGUUUGUGACAGGCACCAAAAUAAAAACUAUUUAUCUCUG